GGGAAGGGGCCUGGUUUUGUCUCAAAGUAAAUUCAAGGCGGUAGGGAGGGCGCAGGUAGUGAUGAAUGAUAUUGGACAUUUUGUUUGAGAGCCGUCAUAUUUACAUUCAUAAUUAUUUUAUAUUGCUUAGUCCAAUUUAUAUAUCAUUAUUUUAUUUUUUAGAGUUUUUAUUUUUUUAUUUUUAAGAUGAUUACUUUUUAUUCUUAAAUAUAGUUUGUGUUGUAUUAAACAUAUAAGAAAAUAAAAACUUUUAAGAUAAAAAAUAUUAUUACUGAAAAUAAAAAGUCCGUCCGUCCGUCCGGCCGUCCGCCCGCCCGCCUGCCUCAGUCCCCGGUCGUCGCAUAAUCGUAGCUUAUACAGUUAAUCAGUUACACUGCGCACCCAUUUUCGAUUUGCGCUAUACCACGGACCUGCCCGCGCUAAAGCACGCCGUUCCCCGAAAUAGCAAACAGCCGUGAGCCAUGUGUGCUAGCCCCUUCAACCACCCUUUCAACAAGUUCCUUGAUCAAUCACAUGCCUUUUCUUCUCUACCCCCAAAAUCUAGGGUUCCAGUUGCAAUGCAUUAGUUGUUUUUUUCUCUCACCGGAAAAUAUUUUCUCGAUCAAGAAAGUGCUUUCUCGGGGACCAAACAGUUGGUCGGAAAAUUGAUGGCGGAGGAGGCGCCAGAAAGGGAGAACGGGGGGCUGGUGGCGAUGGACUCCACGGAAUCGAGGUGGGUGUUCCAGGACGAGGAGGAGGAGACGGAAAUCGAGGAGGGUGAUGACGAGGACCUGGGGCAGCACGGUGAUGCGGAUUCGGAGGAUGACGACAACGCCGAGCAGCGUUUGAUCCGGACGGGGCCGAGGAUUGAUUCGUUCGACGUUGAGGCGCUGGAGAUUCCUGGAGCUCAGAGGAAUGACUAUGAGGAGUUUAGUGUAUGGAGGAGAAUUAUACUUGCCUUUCAGACGCUUGGGGUUGUCUUUGGUGAUAUUGGAACAAGUCCAUUAUAUACCUUCAGUGUCAUGUUUAGCAAGGCACCUAUCAAUGGAACUGAAGAUGUUCUUGGGGCACUGUCACUAGUUUUGUACACCUUAAUCUUGAUCCCACUGGUCAAGUAUGUUCUUGUUGUCCUUUGGGCCAAUGACGAUGGUGAAGGUGGUACGUUUGCUUUAUACUCAUUGAUUUGUAGGCAUGCAAAGGUGAGUCUUCUCCCAAAUCAGCUUCCAUCUGAUGCCCGUAUAUCAAGCUUCAGGCUAAAGGUGCCAUCUCCGGAGCUUGAGAGGUCUCUAAAAAUUAAGGAACGACUUGAAACUUCACUGACACUGAAAAAGCUUCUUUUGAUGCUGGUUCUUGCUGGUACUUCUAUGGUGAUAGCUGAUGGGGUUGUUACACCAGCAAUGUCAGUAAUGACAGCUGUUGGUGGUCUAAAGGUUGGAAUAUCUGGAAUUAAGCAAGAUCAAGUCGUGAUGAUUUCAGUUGCGUUUCUUGUAAUUUUGUUUAGUGUACAGAAAUACGGGACAAGUAAAGUAGGACUUGCUGUGGGCCCUGCUUUGUUUAUAUGGUUUUGUUCUCUUGCGGGCAUUGGGAUCUACAACCUUGUGAAAUAUGACAGCAGUGUCUUCAAGGCAUUCAAUCCUAUUCACAUAUAUUACUUUUUCAAGAGGAACAAAACUAAUGCUUGGUUGGCUCUUGGGGGAUGCCUUCUGUGUGCAACAGGUUCCGAGGCAAUGUUUGCUGAUCUUUGCUAUUUUCCCGUGAGAUCAGUUCAGCUUACGUUUGUGUUCCUUGUACUGCCUUGUCUUCUGUUGGGGUACCUUGGUCAAGCUGCGUAUCUUAUGGAAAACCAAUCUGGUUACGAGCAGGCUUUCUUCUUUUCUGUUCCAACUGGUGCUUUCUGGCCAGUCUUUCUGGUUGCUAAUAUUGCUGCAUUGAUUGCCAGUCGGGCAAUGACAACAGCUACGUUUUCAUGUAUAAAACAGUCAACAGCCCUUGGUUGUUUCCCUCGUCUCAAAAUUAUUCACACAUCUCGGAAAUUUAUGGGUCAGAUCUAUAUCCCCGUCAUAAAUUGGUUUCUACUUGUUUUUUGCGUGGUGUUGGUCUGCUCUAUCUCAAGCAUAAAUGAGAUUGGAAAUGCAUAUGGCAUUGCCGAGCUCGGUGUGAUGAUGAUGACUACAGUCCUGGUUACCAUUGUUAUGCUUCUAAUAUGGCAGAUAAACAUCAUUAUCGUUCUGAGUUUUUUAGUUGUUUUCUUGGGGAUGGAACUGAUUUUAUUCUCAUCUGUGUUAUGGUGUGUGGCGGAUGGAAGCUGGAUCAUAUUGGUCUUUGCCAUUGUCAUGUUUUUAAUAAUGUAUAUCUGGAACUAUGGAAGCAAACUUAAGUAUGAAACUGAAGUCAAGAAAAAGCUAUCAAUGGAUUUGAUGCGGGAAUUGGGCCCCAAUCUUGGGACAAUUAGAGCUCCUGGCAUUGGUUUGCUUUAUAAUGAGCUAGUGAAAGGAAUACCAGCAAUUUUUGGCCAUUUCCUGACUACUCUCCCUGCCGUUCACUCCAUGAUCAUAUUUGUGUGCAUAAAGUACGUUCCUGUACCUGUAGUACCUCAGAGUGAACGGUUCCUUUUCCGGAGAGUGUGCCCAAAAGGUUAUCACAUAUUUCGUUGCAUUGCCAGGUAUGGUUACAAGGAUGUUCGCAAAGAGAAUCAUCAGACGUUUGAGCAGCUGCUGAUUGAGAGCCUUGAGAAAUUCAUUCGCCGGGAAGCCCAGGAACGGUCAUUGGAGAGUGAUGGAGAUGGUGAAGCUGAUUCUGAAGAAGAAUCAUCUUCCUCGAGGGUUCUUAUUGCACCAAAUGGUAGUGUUUACUCACUUGGUGUUCCUCUUCUGGCAGAGUACAGGGAUGCAAACAAGCCAAUCACAGAAGUAAGCACCUCAGAAACAGUUUUGACAGUGCCACCUACAGAUCCAGCAUCAUCUGAUGCAGAGCAGAGUUUUGAGAGAGAGCUUUCCUUCAUACGCAAGGCAAAAGAAUCAGGGGUUGUCUACCUUCUUGGUCAUGGAGAUAUCCGGGCAAGAAAGGAUUCAUGGUUCAUUAAGAAGCUGGUUAUAAAUUACUUCUAUGCAUUUUUGAGAAAGAACUGCAGAAGAGGGAUUGCAAAUUUGAGUGUGCCCCACUCACAUCUGAUGCAGGUGGGCAUGACAUACAUGGUUUGAAGUUUGAUUUUAGUACUAGAAUAAUGCAAACCUCAUACAGUUCGUCACAAAGUUUGACCGAGGGGAAUGGGGUUAAGAGAAGCGCCAAGUUGACAUAAUGAUUCAACUGCUGUGCAUUAACUAUGGCUCGUCUUUUUCAUCCACCGGUUUUGAAACUCAUCAUGUUGGAAGUUUUCUAGCUUCUCUCCAAGCAGCUGCAUUCCUUGUAGUGAUUUUGAAUAUUGCAGGAAUUGCUGCAGAGCCUUGAAUUCAAUUCAUAAUGUAAUUGUGUCUAAGAAGUAAUUUUUUUCCCCCUAAUAGAAUUUGGAUUGAACUUCAAAUCGUCGACUUACAUUACACUUGUAUAGGCAUGAGAUAGGUUUGGAUAACUGUGUAAAUUCAUUCAGUUUUUGUGUUUCUAUUGGAAACAAUAUUUUGAGAAAAAAGGUGAAUUUAUAGGAAAA